UGACCUAAGUACAGCAGUAAAGAAAAGUUUAGCUAAAGAUUUAAACGUUUCCCAUACACUAUUAGAAACGAAAUUAUUGACAAUUAGCAUACAAAACAUGAUUGUGUAGUAAUAUAUAAAGAUACAACAUAUUUUUGUUCUAUUGCUUUCACUGCUCGCCUCGUAACUUCGACCCUGUGUGUUGACCUCACUCCCUCCUCACCAAAAUGGCCGCUGCUGACGGGUCGUUCCAUCCGUCAACGGUUGUUUGUGGUUGCUAAGUAACUUCAGAAUGCCGUGGGUAGAGAAGGCGAAUGGCAGGGGACCUGUAACGAUAUCUGCUGAGGACAGUCAACAUUGUGCCUGGAAAUAUUUCCUCCUCCACUCAGCUUUAUUUAUUUUUUCAACUCCUCACUGACUGCUUUUCUCACUGCGUAUAUGAUGUCCUCUGGUCGUCAGCUUUUCUCUGUGGACUUUCAGGUGUGACCUGCUUGUUAGCUAGACGUUAGUAAGAGCUUUUCCUGCUGCACCUCAGCUCUGUAGACAUGCGUCUAUAAAGCAGAACUGAACAUUUCUCUUCGCUUUUAUACCUGCUAUUACACAAGCCAACUGCUGUGGGUUAAUGGUGAGACAUGGGGUCAGAGUCAGUGAAAGUGGUGGUCAGAUGCAGGCCACUGAAUGACAGGGAGAAGGCUCUCGGCUCUAAGAUGGUGCUGACCAUGGAUCUGCACCGCUGCCAGUGCUUCAUAGAGAAGCCCGGGGCGGCGGAUGAGCCACCCAAACAGUUCACCUUUGAUGGGACCUACUUCACUGAUCAAACCACUGAGCAGAUGUACAAUGAGAUUGCCUAUGCUUUGGUUGAGGGUGUCACUGAAGGAUACAAUGGCACAAUUUUUGCCUAUGGACAAACAGGAAGUGGCAAGUCUUUCACAAUGCAGGGGGUGUCCGAGCCUGCAGCCCAGAGGGGAGUCAUCCCUCGGGCUUUUGAACACAUCUUUGAGAGUAUUCAGUGUGCAGAAAACACAAAGUUCCUGGUGAGGGCCUCCUACCUGGAGAUCUACAAUGAAGAAAUCAGAGACCUUUUGGGAAAUGACACCAAACAAAGAUUGGAGCUGAAAGAGCACCCAGAGCGUGGGGUGUAUGUGCGGGAUCUCUCCUUACACACCGUGCACAGUGUGGGGGAGUGUGAGAGAAUCAUAGAGCAGGGCUGGAGGAACCGGGCAGUGGGCUACACGCUAAUGAACAAAGACUCCUCCCGCUCCCACUCCAUCUUCACCAUCCACCUGGAGAUCUGCAACACAGAUCCAGCAGGCCAGGACCAUCUCCGAGCAGGUAAACUCAACCUCGUCGACCUGGCAGGAAGCGAGCGUCAGUCUAAAACUGGCGCUACGGGUGAACGACUGCGUGAGGCCACCAAGAUCAACCUCUCCCUCUCGGCCCUGGGCAACGUCAUCUCCGCACUGGUGGACGGACGCUCCAAAUACAUCCCCUACCGGGACUCCAAGUUGACCAGGUUACUGCAGGACUCUCUGGGAGGGAACACGCGCACCUUGAUGAUCGCCUGUCUCUCCCCGGCAGACAACAACUACGAGGAGAGUCUGAGCACGCUGCGCUAUGCCAACCGGGCCAAAAGCAUCCAGAACAGACCUCGAAUCAAUGAGGACCCCAAGGAUGCUCUGCUCAGAGAGUAUCAAGAGGAGAUCAAGAAGUUGCGGGCCCUCAUCUCAGGCCAGCUGGGCACUGCUAACCUUUCGACUCUGCUGGCUGGUCAGUUGUCUGAAGCAUCCCCUGAUCUUCCUUCAAGGCCACAGUCGAGCACCACAGAAGCAGAGAAGGACAAGAUUAAAGAGGAGUACGAGGAGAGGCUGGCCAAGUUGCAAGCUGAGUACAAUGCAGAGCAGGAAUCCAAGGCCAAACUGCAGGAGGACAUUGCUGCCCUGCGUUACUCCUAUGAAUCCAAUCUGUCUAAUUUGGAGAAGGCCCAGGCCAGCAGGGGGAGCUCCAUCUCAAAGAAUGACAACAAAAAAUCAUCGGCACACAGCAAAGAACAAUCAUCAGUGAGCACGAGCUGCAUGACGCAGGCUGCUGAAGAAGAGCCCUGCCUUAAAACUGAUCCGGUGUGCCACAGUGCAACUGGGGAAACUUCUCUUAACGUGGUACUGUCCGCCACCACCAUCACCACUAAUCAUUCCAAAGUGUGCUUUCAAAAUGAGGUAUUCAACACCAAAGAUUAUUUUCUUGUGUUGGUGAGCCAGGCUGCUGAACCUUGCACAGAAGGUGGCAUUAAAAAAGGUCCAGGCACAGACGAGCUUGUAGCCUCACCUGAUGUCACCACAGCAGGGCCUCUGGACCAGAAACAUGUCCUUGAAAGGUUGCAGCAGCUGGAGCAGGAGGUGGUAGGAGGGGAACAGGCCAGGAACAAAGAGCUACAGCAGAGACACCGACAGAGGAAGAAUCUCGCCGACCAGAGGAAAGUCCAGCUUAUCCGCGCCCUGUCAGAGAACAGUGAGGAGAGUGAAAAUGUGCUGUUGAAUGUCUAUAACUCCAUCCAGGAAGAAGUCCAUGCCAAAAACCAAAUUCUGCUCAAGGUGCAGGGCAAGCUGAAAGCGGCCAAGCUGGAGAUCCGUGAUCUGCAGGCAGAGUUUGAGGUGGAGAGGAACGACUACCUGGCAACCAUCCGCCGACUGGAGAAGGAAGGCCAGCUGCUGAACGGCCUGCUGGAGCGCAUGGUGUCCCUGGUGCGGCGUGACUGUAACUACAGCAACCUGGACCGCCUGAAGAAAGAAGCAGUCUGGGACGAGGAUGUCGCUGCUUGGAGGCUGCCGGAUGUGAUGGUGCAGAAAACAACACUGCCUUCAGCAGUGCAUCCAAAACCUUCAACUCGAAGAGGCUCAGCUGCUGAUAGUGGAGAACCAUUCAUGCAGGUGGAAGAGGACAGGUAUAAGGAAAUGCUGGACCGUAGCGACAGUGAGAACAUCGCUAGCAGCUACUUCAAGUCAAAGAGAGCCAGCCAGCUGCUGGGGGGUGACGCUACCAAGGGACAUGCCAUCCACUCUCCUCCUCUGGUUAACGGUGCAGCCCACUUAGCAAUGAGCAGCUCUGCUGUGAACCCACCUGUCAGCUCAGACUCCAUCCUGCCACGCCCCUUCCGCCUGGAGUCAUUGGGUGUCCCCAUGUCCAAUGGUGUCACCACUUCGUCCACAACAUUGUCCACAAUCGCAGAGACAUGGUCCAUGAUCGGAGAGACAUUGUUGAGGAUGAGGGAGACAUCGUCCACGAUCAGAGACAUUGUCUGUGAUCGCAGAGACCUUGUCAAAGAUGAGAGAGACGUUGUCCAUGAUUAGAGACAUUGUCCCAUGCUUCGUAGAGACCUUGCGAUAGAAUCGGCGGAGACGGGGGUCACCGAUUUGACGGCAUUGCCCGCGAUCAUGGAGACAUUGUCAAUGAUCACAGAGACACCGUCUAUGAUCUCAGAGACAUCGUCCACGACCAUAAAGACAUUGUCCAUGAUCACAGAGACUUUGUCCAUAAUCUCAGAGACAUUGUCCACGAUUACAGAGACAUAGUCCACGAUCACAGAGAGUCUUCGUACAAUGAAGAAGUUCUUUGAGACCAGGACAGAGGCCUUCAGGUGUCACCACUUCAUCCACCACGUAGUCCAUUAUUCUUUGAGACCAGGACAGAAGUCUCCAGGGGAAGAAGACAGCAGCUGAAGACCUGAAGUGGAUGACAGAAAACAAGUGUUACGAGGCUGUGAAUAAAAGACCUGCAACAUCUAACUGCUGUCAACAGUGUUGUUUCCUGUUGAGCAAGUGAAAACACUUUGUUUUUCCCUACCAUCUGUAAUGUAGCCAUGGGCACAUUUUCCAAAGACUAAUAUGUCUUUAUUAAGCACCUGUGAGAACAUUCAACUGCUUAUGAUACAAUUAUUUAAUUGAUAAUUGUAUCACAAGCAGUUCAAUGAUCACAAAGAUGCUCAGUAGACAUGUUCCUCUUUGGAAAAUGGGCUCAUAACUACAUUAACCCUAACCAGUGAGUGUUCCUUGUGGUCAAACGUCUGUCAUUAUCUUUGCUGUGAGUUGUUAAAUG